AUGGCGCUGGGUCGCUGUCCAACCGCCCCGCCCAUUCCCAACGCUUGCCCAAGUCGCGGCGCCUCUUUGAGAAGGGCUGCCUACCCUUUGCUGGGUGGCCCAGUGCUGCGGCCAUGCCGGAAGGUGGCGAAUCGUUCGGCAUUCCAGCCCAUGGCAAUGCCAGGAUCCUGCAGGCUGAUGUUUGGGCGCGAAGGGGCUUACGGGGCCAGGAGUGGCGGCGCAACAUCCCGAUCGGCGGCCGUCUCUGAAGGCAGCUCUCAGUACAAGCGGCCGAUGCUUGAUGCUCAGAUUGUUGUGGAAGGAGCGGAAGUUUGGAAAGCGCAGUGGUAG